UGUUGGCCAAGGACUUUCAAAACAAACAUAUGGCCGGCUCGUUUGCCUCACCACACACACACACAUGACAGCAGCUCAGUCAUAUUUUGUACGUUUACGUUUUAGCUUCGUGUUUUCCUUUUUCUUUUGCCUCGAAAUAAACGUCAGAAAUAAUCGAAAGAAAAAAGAAAUCUAAAAAAAUAUAUAUUUUUGAAAACUAUUUUCUUCUUCAAGAAUAUUUUUGAAAAUAAAUAAAUAAAAUUUGCAAUUGUUUGUUUUGAAAUUGUGAAAACGAAAUAUUCAAAUCUCAUAGCGACGGCAAGGAUUUCAAAAAAAAAAAAUGUCCGAAUUCAAUAGCCACCAGUAUUAUGGACAUUCAAUGAAUCGCCGUAAAUCGAAAUAUGGAACAGCGGCAGCAGCAACAACAACAUCAAAGAAUUUCAAUUAUCGGCAUGUCCGUCCUGAAUACCUUGACCCUGGACAUCAGACCAAAGCCAAGAAGAAUGCAACAGAAAAAUCCCCUCCCAGGCCCGUGAGCAACAUUCAUCGUGCCACCACUCCCGAACUUCUGGCAGAAAUUGCGGCCUUAAAAAGAGAUACAGAUAUUGAGACACAUAUAACAACAACUGGAAAUCCUGCAACAACAACAACAAAUGCCCAAAGGAUUCGGGACAUAAGUGAUGAGGAGAUCGAGGAACUGAUAAGGAAGCUGAAAUACCCUGAAGAAGAAACUAAAAUAUCAAAUAAUUCCGAAUCUCAAUACUAUACAAAUUUCGAGGAGCUACUGGAAGCUCAACAGUCUCCAAGGGGUAGGGCGGGAACCAAAUCCCCCUUAAUUUCACCCAGUGGCAGAAAGAAGGGAAUUCUAAGAAAACCCUCACUCAAUGCAACUUUUACCCAGGAGAUGGUGGAGGAUUUUAAUCAAACCUAUAAUUUAUCGCCCGAACAAAAAAGUCCCCCAAUUCGUGGAACAUUUCAGAAGGUUGAAUUUUUGGAAGGCGAAAAUUUGCCUGCACCUCAAGUGGCUCAAAUCAUUGACAACUUAAAAAUGACAGAAUAUCGUAGACCUCAAGCCAAAUGGGUGGAGGUCUUGGAGAUAUCCAAAGGAUCAUUUCUGGAAGAAGACUUAGAUGAGUCCUCUGAAAAUUACGAUACGGAAUUUUUGAAAAUUUUACCACCUGCACUUAUGAAUGAAAUUGUGGCCAAAACUGCCCAGCUAACCGAGAGCUAUGUAAAUGUAAAUCUUGACGAGGAAAUUGGAACCAUGGAUACCUAUAUUGUGGAAGAGGAAGAAACCGAUUCGGAUUUCGAGAGAUUUGAGAGAGAAAAUUAUAUGAAGUACAUCAAAGAGAAGCCAUUGCCGCAGGAUGUUUUAAAUUUGUCGAUGGAUGAGGAGGGAAGCUUGGCGGAAUUUAUUGCCCUGGAGAGCGAUUUAAAGGAUCUGGAUGUGACUUAUUUGAAAAAUCCCGGCUCCUUGCAUUACACUGAAGUUACCGAAGAGGACCCUGAAUUAGAUCCUCAGUUAAAAGUCUACAUAAAGACCGAUCGCGAUAUUAACCCCUUAGAUGAACUUCCUCAAUGUUCCAUGGAUGCUAAUGAAACCUUCGUGCCUUUUCCCGAAGAUUUCUACUCACAUUAUAAAAAUCUCCAUAAAGCGAAGGAAGCAAAAAUUCGCACUCUAAGAGAACAACAUUUGCAGAGAACCUUUGAAAGACUGGCAGCUGGUGGUGGUGGUGCUCCCUCGACCAGACGUUCACAUUCAAACUGCAGUCGUAGCCAAGUGGAAAUUAUCCAAAGUCAACGUAGCUCCUCAAAAGCCCACACGAAUCGUUCAACAUUUUCAACUAAGCCCCAGGCUGUAGUUGAAACAUGUUCUCAACGAGGGUCGGCCAAAAAAUCUUCGAAAUCCGGAAAUCAAUCGAAUCGCAAAAAUUUGAAAGUUAGCAAAUCCAUAGAAGAUUUGAAGGUGGAAAAGACCAAUAUCUACAAGAAAAUGAGCGGGACCCAGGAGAAAAUCAUUGAAGUUUUGGAUAAACUUAGGAUCGGUUUACUGGAGUUAAACGUUCCCGACAAUAGUUUGGAGAAAAACAAACGACAAAAGAAUGCCUUUGAAUUUGCGGUGCGAUUUUCGAGAAAUUUCCUCUAUCCCUUGAAGGGAAUGUUAGAAGACCUCAAAUCCACCCCCAUGGAACAAUUCAAUAGCCUCACCUCCAACGAGGCUUGCCUGCGUGUCUGCAACCUCUUCAGCCUGCUGCUACAAUCGGUGAAUACCUAUCAGAAACAGCUGAGAUAUUUCCUCUUGGAUCAUGUCCCACAAAAGUUACCGAUUUUAAUCGAAAUGAUUUACAUGACAACCAGCCAAUGUCGGGAGAAACAAAUUUUCUCACCCCAGGAUGUUAUCCUGGAUAGUUUGCAGCAGAGAUGCAUGAAGUUUUUCGAUUUCUUACAAGAUCUCCAGGAUGGCCAACUGAAUACGAUGCGGGAAAAUCAUCGGAAAUUAACGCGGGAUAAGGCAAAGCCAAAAUAUGAUUUGAAAAUGUUCAUGAACGAUCUGAAUAUGUACGAACCGAAGUUGGUACCGAAAUCGUCGGCCAAGCGGGGGAAAUGUAAGCCAAAACGUCCCAUUAAAUCGGUGCCAAUUGAAGAUUUGCCAGACGACACGAUCAAAGAGAAGCCUCAGGAAGACACUAUUGCCACACAAAUCGAGCAUGUUCCCCUUGAAAAUAAAAGUUCCACAAACAUAAAUCUGGGUUCAGGUGAUGCUAAUCCGCCUGGCCUGGAUAAAUCUGUGCUGGAGGCAUUACAAAAUCUAACAAAAGAACAAGUUCGCAAAGUUCUUGAGCCAAUGUUGAAGUCACUGAGUUUGACAUUGGGCAAACAGAAUAAAAAUGACAAUAGUCCCUUGGAUACCGAGGCAAUAGUUACGGCUUUUCAAAACAAAGUAUUUUCCACAUUGGAUGCCGACAAACAACUGGCAAACGACGACGACGACGACAACAAGUGUUACGUGGAAGAAACUACGAACAACAAUAAUAAUAAAGGCUUAAAUGCAGUUGAGUUAUCUUACGGUGAUAGCUUAAGAGAUAUUUCGACGUGUAAACCGUUGAAAGCCGCGAAAUCAACUAAAACGCAGCGCCAACAAAACAAGCAACGGAGACAUGGGGACUCAUCAAACACAGCAACGGCGGCAGAGACAGCAGCAGCGGCAAACAGUAAAACAGUGGCUGGCACCAAUAAAACCAAAGCUGUUGUUUGUGAAGUAAACGGCGACGCCUUCAAAAUAAACAACUACAACGACGAACAUAAUAACGACAACAACGAUGAUGAUGAUGAUGACGACAGCCCCAACAAUAUUAACAACGAUAACAAUAACAACGGCAACCACCAUAUAAAGAGCAACAAUACCACCAACACUCUCCUUCUUCUUAGUCAGAGUAACAGUAAACACCAGUCGAUGCGACGUAACCAACAGAGAAUCAAUGUUGUUGACAACAGCAACAAUACCAACACUAAUGAUAGUGGUAGUGGUAUUGGCAAACAACAUUACAAACAAAAGGGGAGCACACAGGCGAUGGCAGUCAAUAACUCUCUAAAAAGUGCUGACUCAACCAAAAUACAAUCAAGAGAACACCAUGGGCAGAGAUCUUUGCAGAGAGCCACUGCUACCAAUGUUAGGGAGAGUAAAAUAAACAAAUCAAGCAAACAAUUAAUGAAUGAAGUUCACAAUAAAGAUCAAAUGGAUCAAAAAUUACCCAGGGAAGAUAAAAACCGGCAACAGCAACAACAAAAACAUGGAAAGCAUUACUGGCAGUGCAAUGUUUCACCAACCAACUCCCAAGAUGACCAAGGCAAUUCGUUACAUUUCAAUAGCGGGAUAAAAUGUAAUGAUACGAACUACUCCUCCGCCUCUAGUUCCGACAGCGAAGCCGGUCAUAAUCCCAAAUUGAAAAAUAUUAAAACAAAUCCCCAUUACUAUCAGCUACAACCAAGACCCAACAAAUUCCCAUUGCACACUCAAAGAACAUCCCGGAAUUCAUCAGCCACAUUAAGUGGUCAGAGCAAGAGGAAAACGAAAAAACGUGAACCACCACCUGUACCCUCUGUAACACCCUCAUCAUCGGCGGGUCAUUUGUCGCAAAAGCAAUAUCAAAUAUCCCUGGAAGAAUUGAAGAUUCCAUUAACCGCCAAUGCCUCAGAUUUGCAGUCAAUGCAGACAUUUGAGACAUUCGAUGCACCUCUAAUUGAGGAUGACAGUGACACUUGUUCGGCUAAUGAAUACAUGGCCGAGAGAACUAUUGACAGAGAUUUCCAACGGUGUGAGAGCAAAUUUUCUGCGAGUAAAAGUUGUGCAGAUUUGUGUGCAGAAGGUUCAAUACCACUCUACCCGAAUAAGUCACCAUACAAUACAUCCGAAAAUACUCCACGUCGACUUCGACCGCUGCCAGCCAAACAAUUGCAAAAGUUACAACCAAAACCGUCACCAAAACUAAUAACGGAACAAAUGGCCCAAUCGAUAUCCUUUAAAGAAAAUCAAAUACCCGACCAUGAAAAAGGAAAUAUGAAAUCAGAUAAACGUUUCGAACAGGAGAUAAACAAUCGCAAUCAAUUUCUAAAGUUGUGUGAGAAAAAUCGUUUCUACAAAAAUCCCAAUUUUUCAGAACCAUGGAAAGUGUUUUCGAUAAUAUCGGAACGUUUGCUUAAUGAAGCUUUGAGUGAUAUUGAAAAUGAUUUCACUGCAGGUGUUUCAAAAUUCGUAGAUGAUUUCUUGGAAUUGGAAAUAAAAACAUGAAUACAUUUGCAUUUAUGAUAGUACAAAUUGACCUGAUGUUACUUAAAUAUGUAGAUUUCAUUUUGUAAAAAUAAUAGAAAAUAUAUUUUUAUAGAAAUAUGUAACUA